CAAUCAGAACCCCCCUUGAGAUUCUUGUUCUGCCUCUUUUUUGUUUUGGUUUGGUUUGUUUUUGGUUUCCUGUCUCUCUUGUUAUGUUUUGAGACAUGUCAAACAAUACUUGCCUUGUGUCGCGGGAUUUCCAUAAAAACAUCUCCUGCCUUCCAAGCCUACCCAGGUAGGUACCUGCCCACCUGGGCACCCAGGUACCUCGUGCAGCACCGCUUAACCCUUCAGUAGGUAGGUAUCACUUAUAGACUGAGGGGUGGCAGCUGCCUUCAGAACAUCUAGAUCCCUGCACUGCCGACCCCAACCAAGCGACUUUUCCUUGCAGCUUCGACCCGCUGCUGAUUUCUGCACCUGUUUGGGCAGCCACUCAACACCCCUACUUUGACAAAGAUGUUCUGGCCACGGGUGAGCCUUCUGUCAGGACUUUGAAUUCAGGAGCAUACAUACCAGCCAUCAGCAAGCUGGGAGCGACCAACGGAAUCCCUGGGGGUUUCUGCCGUCCCCAUCACGCUAGCAAGACUGGGACCAUUUCUCCCAAACGGAAACAAGCGUGUUGACAUUACGAAUCAUCUGGCCGUCUUUCAGUCAAUCUAUUUCGAGCUUCUGCCUGGACCUGUGCCUUGUCACUCGACCUUUGAGCAGGAGGCGACACCGAGGCCUGGGGCGCUUGGUGACGGCCAAUCGCGGGGUACUUCACCUGCGUUUCGGAAGUACACAGUCGUAGCUUGAGGCCACUUUCCUUCAAGCUGCAUUCAACCGCCUGUGCCUGGCUGGGCGGUGUCUCCCGUCAAAUAAACACGGCAAGAUGCCUCGAAGCGCAGGCGGCCCUGAAGUGGUGGACGAUGAUGCAGACAGUAUCUCACUCACAUCUGCUGAUGACUUUACGUAUGAUCCUGACACAGAAUUUGUUGUCGAGGACAUUCGCUCCGAGCGCGUCGACCCUAGAGAUGGCGUUCUCAAGUAUCUUGUGGAGUGGGCCAAUUUCCCACUUGAUGAAUGCACCUGGGAGCCCGAGUCUGGAAUCUCAGAGGUCUUGAAAGAUUCAUGGGAAGAAAAAAAGCUAUCACAGGAUCCUCGUAUAGCUGAGGAAUUCGAGCGGAGAUAUGAAGAUGCGUACAACAGGGUACUGGAGGAGCGGCGCGACCUGCACCGACGGAGAAAUGCGAAGCGCAGGAGGCUCGGCCUGGAAGAAACCAAGUUCUUCUUCCGGGGAAACCCAUACCCAGAUCUUGAUGAUGACACCGAACCCGGUCAUGGGGCAAGCAAGGACUCUCGCAGCAAUUCUGCUACAGCCUUUGCUUCCGAUUCUGAUUCUGAAGAGGCCGAGGAGGACGGCAGAAUCGAUCACAAUGAGGAAAGCGUUGUGCAAUCAAGGAAACACCCAUCCCAUCCAAAGACCCAGGCGUCCACUCGUCCGAAUAAAAUCUUCUCAGUCGACCCAUCCGCGACUGGAUCAAAGCAAGGUGCAAGCAAUGACCAAAGUCAGCCGCGCCCACGACCAUCAACCACGACCCAAACCGGCGCUGCACCGCUCCAACCCAAGGCCAGAUCCAUCUCGAGUGCCUCAACCCUCCAGCGAGAGAAGCAAUCUGCCACAGGAUACCAAGGCUCUGCUCGCAGAGCUAGUACUGGGACCACACAAGCCAAAUCCGUACCAAUUCGCGUGAGCUCGGCUGGCAGUGCUUCAGCCAAACCUACAUCGGGCCCGGGCCCUUCGACUAUCGCGACGAAAGGCCUGACUGCUAAGAAAAGUGGCAGCAAAGCGCCAAUCGGUGCAUCUGCAACCAACAUAUUCAUCGAUGGAAAGAAACGACGGUCGAGGCAGAACCUCGCAAGUGCAAUGACUGAUACCAACAAAAACCCAAAGUUUUUCACGACGCAUAGUUUCCGGCGCAAGGCAGAGUUGAAAUCGAGAGACCACGACGACCAGGCACCAGAAGUCAGCAAGGUGGCAGCCCAUCUGUUCAGCAUUAAUCAAGGUCCGCCUCCUAGGCGCACAUCAACGCAGAAUACCAAGCAUUCCCGGGAUAGUGAUGGCGACCAUGACGGCAUGCCAGUCGACAUGACCGACGACGUCGAAAUGGCGGGCCCUCGCCGCAGUAGCACAUCAGCGAGCGAGCCGAAAUCCGUACUGAAGAGAUUUUCUCUUGAUCUGGACGCCGACCGCUCUAAGAAGAGAGCUAAAACUGUUCGCUUUACUGGGAAGGACGGUGAUUCUUUUGUGAGCGAACCGAUGGCUCUUGAGGAACCCCAGGGCCUGGCAAACAGGAUACGUUCGCCACCUCCCCCGGCUACAUCUCCAUCGCCACCGCCUGAACCGAAGACGAAAGUAUCACUGGCCACGUAUCACUCGCGGCUUGUGCAGAAUGUUGAAAAGGAAAUCAUCUUGGGUACAGGGAGCCGGUCACUCGACGUCACCUUUCAUGACGUUCCGAAGGAGACUAGCCGCGAAACGGACCAGCCAUGGCUGAGAGAUUUUUGCAGCGCAUCCCGUCUUCAUUUCGGGCAUGCAGUUCUUGCCGAAUCAAUAAUCGCUCAACUGAGCCAAUUGCGAGGUCAGGAUCGCCAAGCGCAUGAUGUCCUUUGCCACGGGGAAGUAACGUCAGGAAACCGUGAGAGUGUGGAGGUCCUUGCUGAGCAUCUCAGGGUCAGUCACUGUGGACUACUCGCAUCUCACGAGAAUUACAAUCUAGUUAUUUACCCGACUAGAUGCGACGGAUUCCAGACAAGCGCUCUCGGUAUAGACUCGCCGAAUGUCCCGGAGGUUGCCCUGAGGCACUUCAUCUUCAGGUCUUCGCACAAUAUCUCGCGUUUGCUAAGGCCAACAGCGGCUAAGACGGACCAAAUAGUGCCAGCUGCUGUUGGAAAGGGGCAGAAAGCCGUUUUUCGCAGCCUAUUUGGAAUGAGGUACGGGAAGCUCAUUGCAGGGCCCCGCGAAAAGAAGGAGCACCACUUUUUCCUCGUGUUCCCGGAGUCGGCGGUCGAGUGGUACAGGUCCAUCUGCUGUUGGCUGUUCGUAUGCAACUCUCAUUGCAAGAUCUACACGAGUUUUGAUGCUGGCAGUUGGACCGCGUUCCUGGAGAAAUCCAACAACCAGUGUGGUGUUGUUGUCAUACAUGAAACAGUCGUCGAUUUCGUGCGGCGCUUUCCAUCCAUUGCCGAAAUACUGCAGACCGACAACAACUACAACUUCUGGCGCUUCUCUGCGACUAGGGGUCUGCAGCAAAUACAAUGUUCCGAAGGAUCUUCAAAGCGAUUGACUCUGGAUGUCUUCUCACGAAUCUUCCCAAUGGGCAAGGCCAUACUGGUGACUCCAAGCUUCCUUGUGUGCGAACCUCAAAAAACCUUGCAAUUGUUCGAAUGGUUCUUCGGCCAUCAGACUGUGUAUUCCUCUAACAAACUCGUGACUGCGUUCAACAUCGUCGAUUACCUCCGAGAUCUUGCGAGCGAGGCAAACCAACGGCAGGCUUCGUUGAAACAACGACAGGGAACCCACAUGAGUGAAUUGGAAGCCGCUGAUGAAAGAAAUGCUCUUGGAUUGAGUGAUCAAGAUCUAAUCGCGAGAGCAAAGGCCUGGUCGAUGGCGGAUGAGUGGCUGUCUGUCAACAUGGAGAGGAAUGGGGUCUUUUCCGAGCAGAAUCACGUGAUAUUCGCCGAGAAGUGCAUUGGUCCAAACGAUGAACAGAGUCUUGUCAAUUGGUUUGGCUGGUGGUCCUUGGAGAAUAUUGACCAGUAUCGAAAGUUCUACGUGCUCGGCUCCGGCUCGGUGGCCAAGCAGGCGAGACAAACUGCGGCCGGGCCACUUUCGAGAGCCUCACGUUCGAUUCCUAUUCCCACUUACAACCACUCUGUCGUCAAUGACCCAGAUGAAGCAUUGCGCGUUGUGCUAACGAAGGACGAUAAGCCACGAGAAGAUGCACCUACCAGUAACGGUGGUAUGCAGGUCGGGCAGGCGCAAACUGCGCUCUUUCAAAGCCAGAGAUUCGCAAACAACGAUCGCAAUAUUCGAUACUUCCUACAUGGCAUAGACAGGCCCGGUCAGGUCAGAAUCUUUGGAUUUCCUGUGUCCUGGCUCGACUACAACAUGGCGGACCACUUCGGCGAUUCCAUAAUGGAAUUUUCGACGCUCAAGCAAUGGUUAAACUGGCCCUACCCCUGGCUUGGAGAUCCACACCAGACUUUCAGUACGUAUAUUGCUCUGUUCUAUACGAUCCAGGAAGACUGGGACCCCAGAAAUUUCCCAAGCGGCAUCAAACCGAAACGACACCCGUGGAUCUUGAUAUACCGCCCGUGGGAGCCUCAUGCCAAAUGGGACAGGUACAGACAUGGCAAAAUGGAACUCAUUUUCUGGGACGUCCGUGCAGGACGCGAGCUUGAGAACAACCACUCGCUGAAAGUGUCCGAUCUGAAUUGGAUGCAGAGAGAAGCAGUCAAAUUUGUCCAGGCUCAUGGGACAGAGAAAAACCCAGGCUCCAGGGUAGACAGAGUAUGGUUGGGUGGCUUUCGAAAUCACCAAAAGCAACUUCGCUCCACGCUACCGGCGGAUAUGACGGCAGAGUUCCUCGAAGCCCUGUCCGACCUGACGCAACUCAGGUGGAAGCUGCCUUCCUCAGAUAACUUCAUGAGGCAGGGCGGGUGGCGAGAGGUUGCCCUUGGCGAGACGGCGGCGAGGCCACGGGCGGCGGGGACCAACAUGGACGCCCCCAGUCGAGACGACACUGCGGAGCAAAGCAGCAAUGGCAGCAAUCACGAGACUCGUAUCUUAUUCCAUCCACCGCGUGGUUCCGCAGAAGCUGGGACGGCACGGCCCUCUAGGUGCACCAAUGAACUCUUCGAACAGUCGCGUCUGGCGCGGUUGCGCAACAGCAGAGCAACCUCGAUGGGGUUCACCUUCAAGCCUACCAUGGAAUGGUACGGGGAUCUCGUGGCCGAGGGCCGUCAGUAUGAGCACAUUUAUGUGGACUGCUGGGAAAAAGUGUUUGAGCAGCUAAGGGUUGGCCAGCAGAGGAAGUCGAGACAGUCGGUGGCCUCGUCCCGGGUGAGCCCUGGGUCUAGUGGCCACAGCAGCCCCAUGGAUGAGAGCCCAGGCUAGUUCUUGCGGCAGAGUCCAGAUGAGUUCCUUAGCUCCCAACAGAGCCUGACUUGGGGAGGUCGAGAGGGUAGCCACAGUGUGAGGGAGGGGUACACAGAUCAUGAAGUACAGAUGUCAGACAUGGCCCUCUGUUGGCGGUUAGUUGACUGUCGCGGCGCGAUCUCGAGCCAUGGCCAGGACGGAUUGCGGUCUCGAUGGCGUUGUUUUGAUCUGCGCAAAUGUGGAUGUAGAGAUGAUCGGCCGAUAUCUUGUGCUGGUUGAGGAG